AUGCUGGGGAACGGCACGCUGGCAUACGAGCACGAUAAAGACGGCCGCUCCACGGAGCUGGGCGGCUGCACGUCCAUGAUCCGCAACUCCCUGCACGACUCCUUCCUGCUGAUCCGCUACACGCGCAACCAGCUCACGCUGAUGACGGACGUGGACGGGAAGCAGACGUACAAAGACUGCGCCUCGGUGUCCGGGCUGAGGCUGCCGCUGGGGUACUUUCUGGGGGCCUCCUCUGCCACCGGAGAUCUCACAGACAACCACGACCUGAUCUCCCUGAAGAUGUACGAGCUGACUGUGGAGAGGGACCUGGAGGAGGAGGAGGGGGAGGAGGUGCUGCUGCCCAGUGUGGACAACAUGGAGCAGUUUCAUGUGGAGGUCCCAGAGGAGGGCAUGAGCGGCGUGCAGAUCUUCAUGUCCGUGCUCUUCACCGUCAUGGGGCUCGGGGUGCUGGCCGUGGUGGGACUCAUACUGUACGGACGCUGGAAGGAGAACAAGCGCAAGAGGUUCUACUGA